AUGCUGUCCACAGCCUCCAUAUCCCGGACUGCCGUCCGAUCUGCCUUCCGGCAAAGCACGCUGCCCAAGGUUCUCGCCCCGACCUCAAUUGCACAAUGGAGACGCACAUACGCUUCUCAAGCAGAGGAGAAGGACUUGGUCAUCAUCGGUGGCGGCGUUGCGGGCUACGUCGCUGCCAUCAAGGCCGGCCAGGAGGGCAUGAAGGUUGCCUGUAUCGAGAAGCGCGGCGCCCUCGGCGGUACCUGCCUCAACGUCGGCUGCAUCCCUUCCAAAUCCCUCCUCAACAACUCGCACAUCUAUCACCAGAUCCUGCACGACACCAAGCCUCGUGGCAUCGAGGUCGGCGACGUCAAGCUGAACCUCGCUCAGCUCAUGAAGGCCAAGGACACGUCGGUCACUGGCCUGACCAAGGGCAUUGAGUUCCUGUUCAAGAAGAACGGCGUCGAGUACAUCAAGGGCACCGGCACCUUCGCCGACGAGCACACGGUCAAUGUCGAGCUCAACGACGGCGGCGAGACCAGCGUCGUUGGCAAGAACAUCAUCAUUGCUACCGGCUCCGAGGCUACCCCCUUCCCCGGCCUGGAGAUCGACGAGAAGCGCGUCAUCACCAGCACCGGCGCUCUGUCUCUGCAAAAGGUCCCCGAGUCCAUGGUCGUCAUUGGCGGCGGCAUCAUUGGCCUCGAGAUGGGCUCCGUCUGGUCCCGGCUGGGCGCCAAGGUUACCGUCGUCGAGUUCCUUGACCAGAUCGGUGGUCCCGGCAUGGACACCGAGAUCUCCAAGAUGUCGCAAAAGAUCCUGAAGAAGCAGGGUAUCAACUUCAAGCUGGGCACCAAGGUCGUCAGCGGCGACACCAGCGGCGAUAAGAUCAAGCUUCAGCUCGAUGCCGCCAAGGGUGGCAAGGAGGAGACGAUCGACGCCGACGUUGUCCUUGUGGCCAUUGGCCGCCGACCCUACACUGCUGGUCUCGGCCUCGACAAGAUUGGUGUCGACGUUGACGAGCGUGGACGCGUCGUCAUCGACUCGGAGUACCGCACCAACAAGCCCCAUAUCCGCUGCAUCGGCGACGUGACCUUUGGUCCCAUGCUCGCUCACAAGGCCGAGGAGGAGGCCGUUGCCGCCAUUGAGUACCUGAAGAAGGGCUACGGCCACGUCAACUACGCCGCCAUCCCCUCGGUCAUGUACACGCACCCCGAGGUGGCCUGGGUGGGCCAGAGCGAGCAGGACCUCAAGAAGGACAACAUCAAGUACCGGGUCGGCACGUUCCCCUUCAGCGCCAACUCACGCGCCAAGACCAACCUGGACACCGAGGGCAUGGUCAAGAUGCUGGCCGAUCCCGAGACGGACAGGCUGCUGGGCGUCCACAUCGUCGGCCCCAACGCGGGCGAGAUGAUUGCGGAGGCCACGCUGGCGCUCGAGUACGGCGCGUCAAGCGAGGACAUUGCCCGGACCUGCCACGCGCACCCCACGCUCGCCGAGGCCUUCAAGGAGGCUGCUAUGGCCACCUACGCCAAGGCGAUCCACUACUAA